UGAGGAUUUGUUCAAUUGUUUUCUGUUGGUACAGCUAGGAAUGUUGACAUAGCUGGCAACAAUGACAGAUGUUGACCACAUUCCAGUCAAAGACACCAAUGUUGGUGGUCUUGAGCAGCGUGCUGCCCAGCAGCGACGGAUGGUCAGUAAAUGGGACCGGGGGGAGCUAGAGGAUAAAUACCUGCGCAUGGCCGAGGAGAACCUCAUACUUAAGAAACAUGCACGCAAACAGGAGGACAAGAUUAAACGAAUGGCCACCAAGUUGCUGCGUCUUGUCAAUGAUAAGAAGAAGACAGGAGACGUAGAGAUCAGCCAUGUGCCAGGAGGCAAGAAGAUUCGAGACAUCGAGAUGGAAGAAAAGAUGGCCGAACUCCAGGACAAAAUCCUCAAUCUUGAAAAAAACAACCAUCAUCUGAAAGAGAAGUUGGAUCUUGCCAAGCAGCAGAUUGCCUCCACCAGUAAACGGCCACAGCAGUAUCCACACGCCAUGUCAAGAAUCAAUACAGGCAUUGCAAAGACUUCCCAUGAUCCCAGGCUGACCAAGAACAUGCGCGUGGCUGGGCCUCAUCAAGACCACAGGACUAGGUCUGGUCCUGUGAGCCACGCCCACCUGAGACACAGUCAAGGAGGUCACAGUGGGGCCCUGGAGGAUACACGCAUGGAAAACAACAGACUGGAGAGGCAGGUUGCCCAGCAACAUGAGCAGAUCAACAUGUAUGAACUGGAGAUGAGACAACUACGGGAGCAGGUUCACGUGAAGGAGAGGGAGUAUGAGGAAGACCUGACUAAGAUCAAGCACCAGAUCACUGCAGAACACAGGACAAACGUCCAGGAGAACAUUGACAUGAUCAAGCUGCAACGUGAGGUGAAGGAGAAAUCCACCAAGUUCCUUAUGCUCCAGGAGAAAUACAGCAUGCUUGAGGAGAACCUGCGUAGCGUAAAGAGGAGCCAUGACACGCUACUGAUGGAGAUGGAGAACAAUAACAUGCAGUUGAAGGAAGAACAGAACCGAAACCUCGUCCUACAGAAUGAGCUUAAGCUCGGCUCAUCCAAACAUUCAGAACUUCUACAGCUCCAGGAGCAGACUAACAGCCUGAAGAAGGAGAUAGAGAUUCUCAAGGAAGCCAACGAGAAACUGGUCGGCAGUGCAUUUGACCUUGAGCGUGAGCGUGAGUGGCGCCAGCGUGAGAACGCCCUUAAGGUGCAGAUUGCCCAGUUGGAGGCCACUCUCAAGGCAGACCUUGGCGAGAAGGGAGGAAUUCUGGAUAAACUGGCUAUUGAGAAAGAUCAAUAUGACAGGAUGACAUCUGAACACAGGACGAUGCAGUUGGAGCACUUCCAGCUCAGAGAGAAAUAUGACGACCUUGUGGAAAAAAUGAAGUUCUUUACUAAGGAGAGUGCUGUAGACUUCACAGAGAUUGAGGAGGCACUAGUGUUGGUUAAACAGAAGAAACAGAAGCUGACUGCUCACCCGGAAUUCCUGCACAGGGUGGAUGAGGAGUUAGAUAAAGAUGCCCAGCGUCGGUUGUUGGACCUUCAGGCAGAGUAUGCAGAGACUGUACAUGAGCUAGAGAAGACCCGUAACAUGCUGGUCGUGCAACACAAGAUCAACAAGGACUACCAGCAAGAGGUUGCGUUGGCCACGGGUCGUAUGGAUGAGGUUAAGAAGGAGUAUGAGAUGAGGCUGGAUGAGUACGCCCGCCUUCUUGACAUGCGCCAGGCUAGAAUAAAGAAACUCGAGUCUCAGCUCCGGGACGUCGCGUAUGGAACCAAGCAGUACAAGAUCAUGCCACCUGCAGACGACAUGGAUGAAGAUGUGGAGCAGUUUGACGAGACAAUCCACCUUGAACGAGGACAGAACCUGUUUGAGAUCCAUGUAACCAAGGCAACUCUGUCUAGCGAUGCCCUUCGGUUGCUAGGUGACGAGGAACCAUCCCUGUUCUGUACCUGGGAGUUCUUCGAGUAUGAGAUUCAGAGUACGCCUGUUGUUAGGGGAGGCAGACCUGAAUUUGACUUCACAUCUCAGUACAUUGUCAAAGUUGACGAUUUCUUCCUACAUUAUCUUCAAAAGGAAUCAUGCACUCUAGAGCUACACCAGUCUUUUGGCCAGGACUACACCACGAUCGCUGCAUGCCAAAUUACAUUCAGGGAGCUCUUUGACAAGACUCAUGGGCGCAUCCAUGGGACCGCAACCUUGACUGGGGUCAUGGCGUCCGGCACGGGUAUCGGGUUUGGGACCAUAGAAUACUGGGUACGGCUCCGUGUGCCCAUGGACCAGGCUCUCAGGCUAUACAAGGAACGCACAAAGGCCCUGGGCUACAUGACGACCAACAUUCGAGCGUCAGACCAGGCCCUACAAGCCCUGGACGACGAAGCUGCCAGGAGACCGCCAGAUAACGUCAAUGAGCUUCAUAUCAAGGUCGUACGCUGUUCCAGUCUGAAGGCUCGCAGAGAGAAUGUGCAGCCAUCACCAUACUGUGUAUACCAGUUCUUCGACUACAACGAUCAUGACACAGUGAUCAUCAACAGCUCCAAUAACCCAGAGUUUAACGACCACAAAACAUACCCAGUUCCAAUGACAGCUGACCUCGACCAGUACCUUAAAACCAUGCCACUGAAGAUCUUCAUAUUUGACGACACAGACCCCGAGCAGACAUCGUACCUGGGUAUCGCCGACAUUCCGCUCAUCCCCCUUGCCCAUGAUAAAGGUGUAUCUGGGAUAUUUGAGCUGAGAGGUGCUAACGGGCACAUUAACGGCACAGUCGAGGUGGAACUCAGGUGGCAGUUCACGUACAUGCCUCCUUCUGCUAUGAAGACUGGUUCACAGAGACCGCACGAGUUGGAAGCGGCCCCACAGGAGCCCCCUGAGAAGCUAGUAGCAUUCCAGGACACCAGUAGCAUGCAAGAGCAGCCCCGGGUGGGUAAGCGUAUGGCACCUCAGUUCCCCGGACCCUCCGCCCACUCCACACCUGCAGCCAAACCACGGGACCACAUGGAGGAUAGGGAACACAGACAGCCCAAGCAGCCAACAAGGCGUCAGUUAAUUCAGGAGCCCUCCAGUGAGACAGAGGAAGAUAUCGCACAGCCGUCAGCUAUUCAGCGUGACUCCAUGGUUCACGAGGCUGUAUCCCACGCUGUAUCCACACUCAUGCCCGGCCUUGACACCAUGACAACGCUCAAUGAAACCAUUGAAACACCAGAGCGGUCAGUAGAGGAACCUGUCAGAUCCCCGUCCCCCACCCCAGAAGAAGCCCCUAUAAUCGAGGAAGAGGAGGACAUUGUCUCAGAUCGAGGCUCUGUGAGAUCUGUACGCAGUCAAGCCAGCUCAGUCCGUAGCCAGGCCAGCUCAGUCCGUAGCCAGGCCAGCUCAGUCCACAGUAAAGCCAACAGCUUAGGAAGCCAGGCCAGUCGAGGUUCAGAUUACUCUCCAAAGCCUGUUCCUCGUAAGAGAAACACAUCAGACACUCUUCUCUGGUCAGGAUCCAGAGCCACUGAGCGAGCAGGGGAUGAGAUGAGGUCAACUAUCCGGUCAGACACCAUGUUUGGAGACCAGACACCAAGCGAAUCUCAGUCUGAAAACGUGUCACCGUCUGCAAGCCAGGGCGGCACCCUGCGGGAGGAGGAAGCACCACCCACAGAGUCCGAGAGUGAGACUCCACCAAUUGAAUCUGAUAGCGAGGGUGUCAUGGUCGCACCCAAACCCUCCAAGCGCAAACAGAAACCAGAGUCCAAACCUGGCAACUCUGUAACAGUGGCCAUCAAUCGUGUAUCGCUGGAGGAGGACUCAGCCGCAAUGGCCAACGACCACAUUAAACAGCUGUUUGUGGAAUACAAGUUCCUCGGUAUUGAUCCUCAGGAGACAGAGACGCCAUUCUCCCUGCCCAAACCCAAGCCAUACCAUAACAUACAGUUCAACUUUAGCAACACAUUCCAUGUGGACUUUGAAAACAACUACCAGCGUCGCCAAUAUCUCGCCAGCAUGCUGCUUCCCACCGACCCGGAUGAUGGAAGGAUACGGUUUACGUUGGUCAGCGAGCCGCCAGAGGAUGAUCAGGAUGGUGACUGUGAGGAUGUAGGUGUGGCAUGUGUCAAUGUGAGGGAUAUACUGACUAAAAGGAGGGACCUAGAGGACCAGGAUGUGGACAUUAUGGAUAUUGAGACAGAGCAGACAGUUAUAGGAAGCAUGAACCUGACUGUACAGUGUUUGGCUGCCCUGGAUUCCGUGGAAAAGGAGAUGAAGGUGGAGGGGACAUACUGACCUGGCUGAGGGGCUUUACAAAAGCUCCACACCUUUAUAGAUACAAAAAUGAUAGAAACACUGCAUUUUGUUGAAGGAAGGGGGCAUAACGGAAACUCUUGGCUUUCUAAGGGGCGUCACAAUAACUCUGCCGUUUUUUAGGGAUUGCUACUUAAAAUCUUCCCUGUAUGAAGGAAAACAGUUCAGUUACUCUAACCAUUAAUAUAAUAUUAAUCUCUGCACUCUUGUGAGGGGUGUAAGAUAAAAUCACUAUUAAAUGAGAGGGUGUUUUUUAAUCUUUGCAUUUUAAUUUACGGAUUUUAAAGAAAUUAAUUAUUUUAUUGAGGGUUAUGAAAAAAUUCACCUUAUUAAAAAAACGGAAUGUUAAAAAAUCAUUUUUAAGUUAAAUGGCAUUACAGAAACUCCACACUCAUUUGACAAGCAUUUCAUAAUAUCAGUGCUUAUGUUUGGGGUCAUACCCAAAUUCCUGGCAUUAUGAACUGUUAAAUUAAUGAGUUGUGUUGAAUUGGAAAUGAAGUGUACUUGGGUAAUUGCUGAGAGAGAAUACAGUGAAUAUAUGUACACGUUUCAGAUCAAGAGAUUUACUAUUAUUAAAAUUCUAUGAGUAGGAGAUUGCUGGCAUCAUGUCCAAGGCUGUAAAGAUAUACAAUAUAUAUUUAUUUUGUUGUUGAUGAGUAAAACCGGUAGAUGUAUUUACUCCUUUCACAUCAGGAUUAUAUUGUGUUUUUCAUCUCAUUACUGAAAUGUUUACAGACAACCGUCCAAGUGUGUAGAAUGUAUUUAUUAUUGGUACAUGUGCAUCUGUGAUAUUUAUUUUAUUUUUUAAUUGUAUCUCAUUUUCAUUCUGUCAAAUUUUAUCGAUUUUUGUUUUAGAAUACUUGUUGGAAAUUGAAGAUAAUUACAUAUAUUGCUUAAUGUUUCUCUUUAUUAAGUGAAACAGAAGUGGGGUUUUUCCAUUGCCUCUCUUAAAAUGGCAUAUACAAAAUCUUUGUGUAUUUAAAUACCUACUUUUUGGUGUUUUACCUUUUAUGUUGAGUCCAUUUUAAGUGUGCUUUGCUUUGAAGAAUAUAUAUACUGUAACAUGUAGUGAUAUUUAUGUAUUAAAAUAUUGAAUAUAGAUGUAGAAAAUAAAUAAAAAAUAUCAAAAUGA